ACCAAAGCCAAAUUAAUUACAUUUUUAACUACGAAUUUCGACAACUCAACUUGACAACUGCACAAUGUAACCUACAAUAAUUUAUACAUAACCACAAUUACCAGAGACAAUUACAUUUAUAACUAGCUUAGUUUGUUUUAAUCAAUGCGACCAACUUGACAACUGUAUUUACCAACCAAAACCCAAAAUUUGCAACGUUGCCGCAAAAUCUGAACAGAGCACACUGCGAUAAACGCUGCCAUAAAUAUAAAUAAAUCCACGCUGAUAAAUUUGAAUUUCCCGCUCUUACAGUGUUGUUAUCAUGACGUUUCGCUCGAAGUUAUUUUAGGAAUUUCGUAUAAUUCGGAAGUAAAUAAGCGAUAUUUUCCCACGCGAAAAGUUUUGUCGCCUAAUCUAAUUUUCGUGUGGGCCGUCUUUCGUCAAGGAUUUAAAAUAUGACGAGCAGCAAAAAAAUGUCAAUUUAAUUUAGGUUACUUAUCUGUCAAAAUACUUUUAUAUAUGCAGCUAUUAGAUAUAUUAAGACUGGUAAUUAUAAAAUUUGCUUUGCCAAACUCUAUAAAUAGACCUAAACUAGAUAUUUUAAGGCUAAAAUAGUUUUAUAGGUUAUUUUAUUGCAUUUUAUUGUUGUUCGCUGUAGUGAGUUAUUUUUAUUAAACAAUAAAAUGUAUUACGAUUUUAGCAACCAGUUUGGUCCCGACUUUUUUAAUAGACUUAUACCACAACAAAAUAAUAUGGUAAUCAUGGACAGCUACUAUGCCCCAAACCACCUACACGAGAUAUGGAAUAACAUAAACAAAUAUCAUCUGAUUUAUUUGGAAAUGGAAGAAAGUCCUGAAAAAUUAGAGCAACGAAUUAAAUUAGAAGACUGCAUUAAGGAUUAUCUUUGUAAUGCCUCCCACACCCAAAAAUUUGUAUACCCUCAAACGGCAGAGAUACUCGAGAGGUCUGCAAGUCACAAAAAAGAUUUCAGCGGCUAUAAAGCCGCAAACGGUUGGAAUGCAAUACAAAUGUAUGCUGGAAACCUACUGUCACAACCCUGGAGGAAAGAAUAUAGACAAAUAAAGACUUAUUCUGGCUUUUACAAACAUCAGAUCCAGGCGAAUUUGGACGGGGCGGAAAUAAUGUUUGAAGCUAUGGGCUAUAAACACGACGGGCAUGAGGUUUUAGUUUUGGAAGGGCCUGUUUGUCCGGAUACUGUUGCAAAUGUAUCGAAAGACUGUCUUAUUGCUUAUGUAGAGUGCCAAAUACUUAAAAUGAUAUGGGAGGAGGUGGCGUCGUCCGGUUACAAAGUGACGUGGCAGGACGUGCUGGACUUUCGAAAGUCGCACCUGUGCAGUCCCGAGCAAUCCAUCAAGACGCUAAAGUACCGGCAGCAGCAGAAGCACUACCAAACGCAGGAGCACUCGCGCAGCUACUCGCAAGGCUCCGACAUGCUCAAACAGACCCCCGCGCACGUCUUAAACCACUCGUUUCCGCCUUUAACUGCUGCGCACCACCACCUACCGAUAGGCGCGCCUCCUUACGGCUACGCCGGCAACUGCUGCGCCGCCUACGCGCCGCACUACGCGCACACCAACGGCUACGGCGCCUACAGCUCCAACGGGUACAUUGCGCACCAAGCGCCUGCCUAUUACUACCCCGUGCCCACUGCGCAGCUAAUAGAAGUGGAGAAUGGUGGUGGUGGUUCUUACGACGCCGUGGACGGCCGACAGCGGUACCACCGGGUGCAGGACGCUCUCCCGCCCAUACAACACCCCCCCACGAAAAACAAACCUCCCUCUUCUACAGACAAAGAGGACUCGUCUCAGUUUGAGGACUGGGACUACGUUUACCGCAACCUGGAGAGCCAGGGGUACUCGAAGGACUUGGGGGAGAGGGGGGACCUGCUCAGUCCCAGCGGGAGGCGCCGUUUCAGCGGGGCGUUGCACAAAAAGGUGAAGACUUCCGAUCUGGACGAGCUGAUGCAAAAUUUCGCGAUCAGGGAGGAUAAAUUCGAGCAGGAGAGGAAGCCGCAACAAGACAGGCACAGUUCGCAGGGUAGCUCCUACGAAAACAUGCCCAAUCCCACUGCGCACCACACGGAGAUAAAAAAGAAUAGCAACACCUACGCCAAACCGUUGACGAAAAGUCUAGCGAAAGAGAAAAUCCCGCCGAUCAAGGAAGCGACUCUGAUUGGCAGUAAAACGAGCGAAGCGAGAGGGGGCGCGGGAGGGGGGAGGGCGAAGGAGGAGAAGAAGGUGCAGGCCCAGCCUCAGGCGAACUCGAUCGAGGGGAAGGAGAGCAGCUGGCAAUGCCGGGCGUGUACGUACCUUAACGAGCGCCAGCGCGACAUAUGCGAGAUGUGCAGCAAGACGCGCAAGGCUUGUGGGGGCGGUAACGCGGGCGGCGGCGCCGACGAAGACAUGAAGAUGGAGAUCGGCGGGGCGGAGUGCAAAAAGUGCACGCUGGUGAAUCCCAAGGAUUCGCGCGCUUGCCAGGCCUGCGGGGCCAGCCUGAAAAAUUCCGCCACGUACAUUUGAAUUCGGCGGUACUUGCAGCACUUUCCUUUUCCGAACGACAAGCUGGAUUAACCGUUGGGACUUGUUAAUGCAGACAGAGAGUGGGGGGUGAUUUAAGCAGAGUGAUAUGUAGAAAAAACUGUCUACUACCUAUGUUAAUAAAUUUGCUCUUGUACAUAUUAACUAUACACACCAAAUUUAUUAUUUCUUCCUAAGAGGAACUUUAAACACAUCAUAACAUUAUUUUUAAUAGCUUAUUUAAACUGUACAUACUCUCUAUAUCCCAAUAAAAUUGUUAUGUACUUAUUUUUAAUUUAAUAGGCAUUUUUUUAGUCUUCCAGUAACUUUUUUUUAUUAUUUUUACUGUAAAUGUUGACGCUUAUAUUUUAUAAAUUUCGCAGUCAUAAAUUUAAAAGUUUUAAUUGUUAUCAGGGUAUUUUUUCGUAAUUACUCAACGUGAUUAGAUUUAAGCACAAAAUAUUGAAUUAUUUGUUAUUUA